AUGAAUUUACGUGAUGUGCAAAGAGGUGCAAAAAAGGUUAAAGAAACAAUUAAAAAAAUGAGUUUUUGCUCAAAGGCACCCUUAAUUUUCCUCAUCACUUUUAUAAUUAUCACAAAUUGCUUGUCCUCCGAUGCACAAAAAUGUCGCCCAAGCGGCCGAAUCAUAGGGAAGAAACCUCCUCCAGGACAGUGCAACCAAGAAGAUGAUUCGGAUUGUUGCUUGCAAGGCAAGGUAUACACAACCUAUGAAUGUUCGCCACAAGUGACAGCCCAAACAAAGGCCUAUCUCACACUUAACAGCUUCCAGAAAGGUGGAGACGGCGGCGGCCCUUCAGAGUGUGACAACAAGUACCACCCGGACGACACUCCGGUAGUAGCCCUGUCAACAGGAUGGUUCAACAAUAAGAGCAGGUGUCUAAACAACAUUAGGAUCAGCGCGAAUGGGAGGAGCGUGGUGGCGAUGGUGGUGGAUGAGUGUGACUCAAGAAAGGGGUGUGAUGAGGACCAUGAUUACCAACCUCCUUGUAAGAACAACAUUGUUGAUGCCUCUAAGGCUGUUUGGGAAGCAUUGGGUGUACCACAUGAUCAAUGGGGUGGCAUGGACAUUACUUGGUCUGAUGCUUGA